AUAAAGGCCAGGGACCUUCAAAGACUCUUGCUUCAUUCUCUUCUAUCCCCAUGCCUCUUAAUUGACAUACCCUCACCACACAAUGGCAACCAACACCCCCGAUCAGAAGCCAGAGCCCGUCUCCAUAUCGCCGCUGCUCAAGCGACUCGCCUACCCCGCAACUGGGAUACCCGUCGCUGCAGAUGAAAUUGCUUCGGCUUUUGCUUUGAUCUUCGAGGAUCGACUUUCAAUCAUUCAGACUGCAGCUCUUCUGACCCUCCUGCACUCGACCGGAAAGGACAGGCAAGCCGAUGUCAUUGCGAAAUGCUCCGAGCGCAUGAGAGAGGCCGCGAGCCAAACCGACAAAGCUGUUCUGAAAAAGGUCUUGGAGAAACGGGCCAGAAAGGAAGGGAACUACAAGGGAGGUGUGUGUGACAUUGUUGGAACUGGCGGCGAUGGGCAUUCUACCUUUAAUAUCUCUACGACUUCCUCCAUCAUCGCGUCUCCGUUACUCGUGAUGGCCAAGCAUGGCAACCGUGCUCAGACGUCUUUCUCUGGGGCGGCAGACGUCCUCAAUGCGAUCAUUCCUACUCCUCCUAACCUUUUCGCGAUCAAUGCUUCCAACCUUGCGAAGAUAUACGAGGCCACCAAUUACGCAUUCUUGUUCGCACCGAAUUUUCAUCCAGGAAUGAUGUACGCCAACCCAGUCCGCCGUGGGCUGGGUCUACGGACAAUCUUCAACCUUAUGGGCCCGCUCGCCAACCCACUGGAUUGGGCUUUGGAGGCUCGUGUAGUUGGAGUGGCAUACCAGAGUCUGGGUCCUGUCUUUGCUGAUGCUCUGCGACAGAAUGGAACAAAGAAAGCGCUUGUCGUCUGUGGCGAAGAGGAUCUGGAUGAGAUCAGCUGCGCUGGCAAGACUAACUGCUGGAAACUCUCCGAGUAUCCUAAUCCGGCAUAUGAUAGAUCGAAGGAUGACUCUUCCGGCGACGAGGACUCUCCUUCGCCUACUUUAGUCAAGUUAGAGACAUUCCAACUGCACCCCUCAGAUUUUGGACUGCCAACGCAUCCUCUCUCAGAUGUCUACGGGCGAAAGAUGCCUAAGGAUAACGCAGCUAAACUUAUGAGCAUCUUACGCAACGAACUGCCACGUGAUGACCCGAUUUUGGACUUUGUGCUCAUAAACGUUGCCGCACUUUUGGUGACUUCGGGCAUCUGCGAAGCCGAUACCAGCAACAUGGGCCCAGGCGAUGACGGUAAAGUCAUAACUGAGCGCGGUCCUGGAGGUGGACGCUGGAAGGAAGGUGUUCGGAGGGCGCGCUGGGCUUUGGAAAGCGGAGAAGCGCUCAAGUCCUUUGAGCAGUUUAUCGAAGCGUCUAACAAGCUCUAG